AUGGAAGAAAAGUUUAUAGAAUAUUUGGGACUUGGCUAUAACAUAAAACAAUCUUCACCCAUUGGAAAUGAUGUAGAUGACCUAAUUGACUUGGCCUACAAAGAACCUGUGAUAUCAUUUGAAAACUCUACCAGUGUGGUUGGAAAAGGAUCGGAAAUCAAUUUACCACUAGGGGUUUGGAUCCGAAAUGAAUCGCUCUGUUAUAGAACUUCUUCGGUAAUAAAAUCAGAAAACGAUAAAGUGAACUCGAAAAUAUUUACUGAGGAUAUAAAGUUAAAUAUGGUCAAUUACGAAUAUAAACUUGAAAAUAAAAGCUUGAAUAAAUUAUUAACAAGGAAUAACUUAAGGAUUAAAAAAAUAAACUGUUCAAUACAUACCAGUGGAAUGAUUAUCUCAUAUCAGUGGAACCUUAAAAAAUCAAUUUUAAUACUUUUGAAUAAGAUACAAAAUAAGCUGGUCAAUGACUCUGGACACUCAUCUAGUAAUAAUUCACAACUAAAUCAAAAAAAUAUCGAGAAAUAUUGGUAUAAUAUAUUUAAUACUUAUGGUACUCAUGUGUUGACGAAGAUAACAUUAGGGGGUAAAGUAAUAGAAAUAAAUACAGCUGACGGGAGCGAAAAUACAACCAAAGACACGAGCAUAUUCGGAAAUAAGUUUGAUUUAAACUUUUUUAAAACGAGCUUAAAUUCUAUUUCUAAAGACAACAUAGAGAAUUUGGACAAAAAUGAGCAAGAAAAAAUUAUGAUUUUUGGAGGUAACGCCAUAACUACUAAUAGAAAAAGAACUAAUAACUAUGGUGAAAUAAAUUAUGUCAAAAAAUUGGACAAACAAAAAUGGAUUGAAACCAUCAAAUAUAACCCGGUACCAAUUAAGUUUGAAUUAACUCCACUCUCUUAUUUUAUUUAUCAAAAUUUUUCCAGUUCUAACCCACAACUGAAUGAAAAGGAGGGUAACAAGUUAAAUUUAAUAAUUAAGAAUUACAGUGGAAUAAUUAAUAAUCUUGAGUAUUUGGGAUCCGGAUACAGUUUUGACCGUUUAGAACAAAGAGUUAAUAAUUUUAAGGCUCCAAUUAUUGAAAUUAGAAAGUCAACAUUUGUGGGAAAUUUGGCAAAAAAUGUUAAUAACUAUUGGAUUGAUGUGCAAAAUCAAUUUAUUUGUGAUAUUUCAACUGAGGAACUAAAUAUAGAAAAUGAAGAUGAACUUGAGAAAAGAUUGUACACACAUGUCCACGAUAGCUAUUUGGAUUCAUAUAGCAGUUAUAACAAUAAUGAGUAUACACAUGAUGACAUGUUACACACCUUGAAUAAAUACAACAAACUACUUAUUAAGACGUAUAAAUGUAUAGUAUAUAAGGCCAAUUUAACAACAUUGGAUUUUUUAAAAAACAUAAAUGAUGAAAAUAGAGAAAAUUCUGACGAUAUUUUCAUUUUGAAGGUAUUGAGAAUACUUUAUAAAAACUGUAAUUCUGAAUUUGAUAGUCAAAAAUGUCCUAUUUCCAAAUUCAAGGAUGAUCCAUUUAAUCCAAAUUGCAUCAAAUGUGUAAUGCCUUGGGUACAAUUUUUUAAAGACUAUGGGACUUCUCUGACCAAACAAAUAACUAUGGGUGGAGUGAUUAACAAAUUUUAUAAUUUGAAAAGGUAUGAUGGAAGUAUGAAUAAAGAGUAUAAAAAGAAAACAGUAAAGGAAUCAAGUACAUUUUUUCAUCUUUCCAAGUACAAAAGUGAAAGUAUGGAGGAAAAGAAUUCAGGUGAAAGUGAUAAGGAAGAACUUGAGGAAGUUUACACACUAACAAUUGGUCCUGAACCACCUGGAAAUGUAGCGAAUUCAAAUGUAAUUUCAGAUUGGUUAGAAAAGGUUAUUCAAAAUCCAACGCCAAUUGAUUUUGAACUUGUUCCAUUAAUCCAAAUUAUACCAGACAAAUAUUUAAAAGUUUAUGAAAAUGCCUUAAAAUAUUAUCAAAAACUAUACAACAUUAGUGAUUUGAAUGGUGUAAAUACAGUUAAUUCUUUAGUUAACACGUUGAGGAGAGGAAAUGGAGUAGUAAAAAUAUUAAAUGAAGAAAUGAAGAAUGUAAAGGUAUGUGGCAAAGAUGAACGGGUAAUGUUUGGGUUUUGCAUGUCACUGGGGAAGAAUGGUGAAUUGAAACAAGUCCAACUCUUAAGCAAUAAGAUAAAUGUGUGUUUGUUUACAAAAACGGUUUCGAGAGUAUUAACCUGGUCAAUAUGUGCACACUAUAACGAACAAGUAAACGAUUUUAAACAACUCAUUUUAAGGCCAAAUUAUUACUUAUUUAAGGAGUUAAAGUGUCCAAGAGAUAUGAAAAUUUUUAUUGGAAUAAAGGUUAAUAUUAAAGACCCAAUUGAAGUUGAGUUAUGUGAAUCAAAAGAAUCAACUUGUGUUGGUACUAAUAAACCCAAUGAGUUUUUAUGGAUUUUAUGUGUACCUCAAACUGUAAAUACAGCGUUAGUAAAAAGUUUAAUAAAAACAGGGGGGAAACAUGUCGAAAAUGAAUGCCCAAAUAAAUACAAAAUGUUAUACGGAGUUAAAUUUCUUUUUUCUAAUGAUGAAAUUGGAUUCAUGAUGGAAAGUUGUAACAAAUUUUACAACAAAUGUGAUAUUAACUGUAAUAAUUAUAUAAUUAAAAAGAUAAACAAGAACAAAAAGAUACCUUCAUUAGAAUAUCUUGGCUGUGGUUAUGAUAUUCUGUUUGGAAAUCCUCUGAGUGACCCUGAACUUUUAGUGGAUCCAGGAUUUAGAGAUCCUAUAAUUUCAUAUUCAAUCAUGUUCAAGAAGGAAAAAUUGUUCAGGAAAAUCUCAUACUCAAACAUCACAAAUGCCUGGAUAAGACCUCUCAUCGAGUGUAAACGUUCCAACUCAAGGUCUGUAGUUGAUAGUAUGGAGAAGUAUAAAGAUAUGAUAUCAGUAGAUAGUGAUAUUGGAGUAUCAAGUAUAGAUGAAAGUGCAAAGUUUAGUUUAUCAGCAAAUUACUCCGAAAUUAACGACUUAUUAAAGAAUAACAAAAACAAGAUUUAUGUUGAUAAAUCAUACUGUUUCUUAUUAGAAGCAGCUUUACCAAUACAUAAUUCAUUAAAGAUUACUAAAUCAUUUGCAACUGCAAUGAAUAAAUUGAGUAAAGAUUUUUCAAAUCACACCAAAGAUUGUAAUCCGAUAAAGUAUACAGAUGAUAAAAACAGCAAGGAUUGCAAGGAGAUAAAAAAGUGGAUGGAUCUCUUUGAACAAUUUGGAACGCACUUUUCAUACAACAUUAAACUAGGAGGACGAAUUACUUAUAUAACGCAAGAAGAAGGAUCAAAAGAAGAGAAAGAGAAUGAAAAAUCAGGAGGUGCGAAAAUCGGUCAUAAAUUGCAAAAGGAUAAUAAAGGUAUUGGAAUUGAAGGAAAUGUGCAAUUAAUUUUCGGAAAUAAAAAAGGUGAAAAUAAGAAUCUUUCCUUUAAAUAUACGAACAUUCUGGGAGGUUUGCCUGUAAGUGAUAUUAAUAAGGAAUCUGAGUAUGUUAAAUGGAUUAAAAGUGUGUAUAAAUAUCCCAUGCCAAUCAGGACUCAAUUUGCACCAAUUUCGAAGAUUUUUAAGUCCAAAGCUCUGAAAGACUCAUAUGAUGAAGCUUUCAGAUUCUAUUUAAACACAAGUAAGGUUAAAUAA